CGGGCCAAUUUGUGCCUGGACGCUCAGCAACAGCUCUGCAGGAGGCUUGUUCACAGCUUCAGCUACCUCCUUCUCCUCCUGACAAAAGUCUCAGGCCAGGCAUGGGAGUGCUGGAGGGAGCCAACAGCACCCUCACUGUGGAGAAGACAGCAUUAGAUGAGAAGCUGCCACAGGGCUGGCAUGUCAAGGACCUUGUCACUCCUAGCCAGGAUCUCUCUGGGUCCCACAAUGUUAUGAUGGACAGCACCAAGAUCCUGGAGGUCCAGGUCAUCCUGAUUGCUGCCUACUCCCUCAUCAUUCUGCUGGGGUUCAUUGGCAACUCCUUGGUCAUCUACAUCAUAGUGAAGUACAAGACCAUGAGGACCGUCACCAACUUCUUCAUAGCUAACCUGGCCCUGGCAGAUCUGAUGGUGGACACGCUCUGUCUGCCUUUCACCCUGGUGUAUACACUGCUGGAUGAGUGGAAGUUUGGAGCUGUUCUUUGUCAUCUGGUCCCUUAUGCUCAAGCUCUGAGUGUCCACGUGUCCACUCUCACCCUAACUGUGAUUGCCCUGGACAGGUACCGGUGUAUUGUUUUCCACCUGGACAGCAGGAUUUCCAAGAGGCUCAGCUUCACCAUCAUAGCUAUCAUGUGGGUAGCAGCAGCUGUCCUAGCAGGUCCUUUGGCCAUCUUCAGAGAGUAUCGGUAUGAGGAAAUCCCAUCCAUCAACCUCAAAAUGGCUGUCUGCUCAGAAAAAUGGCCUUCUGGUAACAACAGAGAUGCCACCAUCUACAGCCUGUCCAUGCUCCUCCUGCAGUAUGUUUUUCCUCUUGUAAUUAUUUGUUAUGCCUAUACUAGGAUCUGGUUCAAGCUGAAAAACCAUGUCAGUCCCACUUCUAGGAAUGAAAACGAGUGUCGGAGGAAGAAGACAACCAAAAUGCUAGUGAUGGUGGUUGUCGUAUUCGCAGUCUGUUGGCUCCCCUUCCACAUAUUUCAGCUUGCCAUUGAUCUUGAUCUGGUUCUUAUCUUCCAUGAAUACAAACUCCUGUACACUGUCUUCCAUGUUGGGGCCAUGUGCUCUACAUUUGUCAACCCCUUGCUCUACGGAUGGAUGAACAAGAACUACCGGAACGGCUUCCUUAUGUUCUUCCGUUGCCAGAACAAGCCAGAAAGCAUCCACACUGAAGGCUCAAUUAGAGGGAGGUCGUACAGGGCAAACACCCUAAAUGGGAGCAUCAAACAGACUCCUGGCAAUGGACCACUGCCCACAGAGGUUUAG